AUGGCACAAGAGAUUUCAGAGCUGAAGAAUUACCUUCCUGAAUGGACAGCCGCACAAUGGGAAGAGAAACCGGGAAUUUUCACUGCCAUCACUCAAGCGGUGAGGUUGUUUGCUCCGAAGCUCGACCAUGGCGAAUGGAAAAAGAGGAAGCAGAACAGAGAUGACGUGCUCAAGAGGAUUGAGGAGGAAUAUGGGGCGAAGCCAGGAGGUUGGGAUAUGUUCAAGCAUUACCAAGCGACCGUCCGGAAGGUAAUUGCAGAAUUGUUGGAUGAUGAGUUGGAGAAGGCCAAAGAAACAGCCGAGGAAUGGUCGCACAGCAUUCCUCCACCUGAGAUCCAAGCGCAAGUCACCGGUAAGAAGGGACCCACAUACAUGGAGCAUUUCUCCAAUGAGAUGUGGAGACAAUGUGGGAUGAGAGUGUUUGUGUUGUCUGCUUGGAAGAAUGAGCAGGGACAGGUGCUAUUCGGGACAUGA